AUGGUUAUGUCACUGAUUGCGAGGAUCGCACCCUGUCUGGGCAUUUUCUUCAGCCAUGUAUAUGCGCACACUCUGAUGCAACACCCUAUUCCCUUCCCCAGUCAACUCAUGGACAAUGGCCCGAUGGCAAAGGAUGGAUCGAACUGGCCAUGUUCGGGCGAGACUGAAUAUGACUGGAGCGGCAUCUCUAACAUCUGGGAACGCGGGUCUCAGCAACAUCUACAAGCCAUGGGAGGUGCAUCACACGGCGGUGGCUCCUGCCAGAUAUCUGUUACCACGGAUCUGAAGCCAACACGGCAGAGCAAGUUCAGAGUCAUACACUCUAUUGAAGGCGGAUGUCCGAUCCGGAACCUCACAGCAGUGAACUACGGGGAUUCGCCGACGGUGCUGCUACCUAGUAUCUAUAACUUUACAGUGCCUCCCUGGCUGCCCAUCGGGCCGGCAGUCAUGGCCUGGACAUGGUACGGAAGGUGGAGCGUGCCCGAGAUGUUCAUGAAUUGUGCGCCAGUCAUGAUCAUGGGGUACGAUCAGGGUGUCGAUAUUCCCGACGCCAUUUUGGAAGACCAGUAUAACAAAGCCCCUCUGGUCUUCGAGGCCAAUAAUGGCAACGGCUGCUGGACUCGAAACAAGGGAAGCUGCGUCAAGUUUCCCAACCCUGGAAAUUCCGUCGAGAGGAACAUGGAAUGCCCGUUUGACGAGUUGACCCAGUUUACGGGCACGUGCUCGCCAGAUGUCACGCUGGCCUCCCAGAGUCGGUACAGCCUAAGCUACAUGUUGCUAUGCGUCAUGGUCAUUGCCAUAUUGGGUUACGGCAUAGUCUUUGGGGUCCAAAAAUUGGCGCGGAGGAUGCACAGGGCAGAUGGUUGGUCGUUGGUGAGCAUCGGGAAAGAAAAUCAUCAACGGCAACGGAAUCCAGCAGUGUAG